GGGACGCGGGCGGGGAGAGGAGGGAACGGGGUAGCCGCGGAGCAGGGAGAUGGCGACGGAGGUGGCGGCUCCUCAGCGCCGGCGCCUCGUCCCCCGCCUCGGGCACUAACGCACCCGCCCGGCUCGACCCACAGCCCCGGGGGGCUGCUGGGGGAAACGGCUGUGUCCGGCAGCGGCUUGGCGAGAGGUAGGAGAAAGGCAGAUGAGUUUCCAAGUACCCUUUUUGAUCUUACAAAGCACACAGCUACAUUUGACAGCAAAUUGAAGCAUGGAGCACAGCAGUUCUUCCCACAAGAGCACCAGAAAUAACUGGGUCUAGAGAUGACCAUUGCAAGAGCAAUGGUCACAGGUAGUCAGUCCAUCAUGACGAGACAGUAGACAGUCCCUACUUCACAUAAUGUAAGCUUACCCAGAGGACUUAUCCCAGUAUCCCUCUCUUCUUAAUAUCUAAUAGUGGAUAAAUACUCAGUCCAUCUUUUUGAAGAAGUUGAUCUUGGACAAGCGAAGCAAGCUGAGACAAUAGAGCUCUAGUAUGUAGAAAAUCCAAGACCUUCACAGGUGAUUCUGUAAUGGACCAAUGAAAGCCAACGAUGACAAGUUGUGGUCAACAGUCCUUGAAUGUGCUAAUGGUUCUGCUUUCAUUGCUCUUGUCAGCAGUGUUGUCUGCACAUUUUCGGGUCUGUGAGCCAUAUACAGACUACAAAGGUCGCUACCACUUCGGUUUUCACUGCCCCCGUCUUUCUGACAAUAAAUCUUACAUCUUUUGCUGUCACCAUAACAACACAGUAUUUAAAUACUGCUGCAAUGAGACAGAAUUUCAGACUGUUAUGCAGAUAAACUUAACAGGGAAUGCAGAUGGAUAUAUGCAUAACAACUACAGUGCACUGUUAGGGGUGUGGAUCUAUGGCUUUUUUGUGGUGAUCUUGCUGGUACUGGACCUUUUAUAUUACUCUUCAAUGAACUAUGAUAUCUGCAAAUUUUACCUGGCACGGUGGGGAAUCCAGGGAAAGUGGAUAACACAAGGACAGAGCCGAUGGAUUAACCCUGCUCAGGAUCCAAGCCAAGUACAGACACAGACUCAGCCAGAGACACAGCCUCAAACUCAGCGUCAGCCACAGCCUCAAACGUCACAGACAGUACAUACUUUUAAAGGAGAUGCUUUAAGCCCUCCUCUGAUGUCUUUUCAGAGUACAUCUGCCUGAAAUUCACUACUGAUGUGAAGACAAUAUGCAAGGCUUCUGCCCACUUCAAUCUGAAUCCCAACAAUCCUUCUAUAUGUUGAUAGACACUGCUUCUUCUGUUGAUACAUAAAUAAUACAUGAUUCAUUUCAUGCCUAUUCUCUUUUUCCUUUUUUUCUGUAAGUUAUAGACCCAAUAAUGCAACGUUUAUUUCUUCAAAUAUGUGUAAACUGCAGAUUCAUAGGAUAUGAGAUAAUUGAUACUCCCUGUGCAGUUAUUUCUCAGCCUGUCCAUCAAUCUGGGACAUCAACUUUAUGAAAGUCUUUCCUUUAAAUGGACUGUACAGUUAAAGUGAUUUAACCAUCUUAAAUGUGGUAAUGAAUUGUCAGAAAACAGCCAUUAGUAGAAAAGUGAGUAGUUAAAUGGAUAUCUGAAAGUUAUUGAUAAAUGAACUCUGCAUGCUGAGAAAUGAAAGCUAGUCAAAAUACCGAAAACCAAUUCUGAACAACUUCCAUAUUUAAAUUUUCUCUUAUAUUUUGAGUAGAUUUUCUUGCAGCCAGAUCCUUAGCUUAUCUAGAUAAUAACAAAUCAAGAGUGUA